CAACUGAGCCAAAUGUUUGGAUGCUAGCAAUUUACUUGAAAAUCUAAUAGAAAGGGAGGGAAUGAUGUUCUAUGUUCUUACUUUGAUAUUGUUUCAAUUUGUUGAAGCUAACUGAACUGCCAUGUUGUCCACAAUCAUAAAGUGCUGAAAGGUUCAUAAACAGCCGAACGAAAAGUCAAAUAUAAGAAAAUAUGCAGGUGAAGACCAUCCGGAUUCUGAACAAUGUAGUGUAGAUUAGCUUUUACUCCGAAUACAACCAUGAAACCAGUUAUUGACCUUGAAGUUGAGGCCUCAGAAAACGAGUCUGAUGUUAGCAGCCAAGUAGAUUCAAACUUGUCGAUCCAAGAAACACCUGCUGUUGCUCCAUCUAUUGGCAGCCAUGGUCACCGUGCGGAUUCAGAGCCAGUUUCACUUGGUUUAACUCUAUGCUUUAAUAUCGGUGAGUCAGGCACAAGUGAGAGUAGCAAUGACCCGAUAUUGCACACUACAGCGUCACCCAGCCCUCGAGUUUUUUCCUGCAACUACUGCAAGCGCAAGUUCUAUAGCUCGCAGGCACUUGGUGGCCACCAGAAUGCACAUAAAAGAGAAAGAACAUUGGCAAAACGGGCAAUGCGAAUGGGAAUAUCUCUGCCUCUGCAUGGAAAGACGUUCAGGUCUUUGGGGAUCAAAGCACACUGUUCAGUACACCAGAGCUUUGCACCAGAAGCAAGACCACCAGAUUCAAGAAUCAAUGCAAGAUUUGAACAUGGCUAUCUUGGUUGGCCAAUAUUCAUGGAAGGUGAUGAGGGAGAGCUGUUGUGGCCUGGUAGCUUCCGUCGGAUAGCUGAGGCAGGUAACACUGAUCAUCCAGGUUUUCUACUGCCUGGAAGUUCGAAUAUUAAUUUUGUGGAGAUUACUCAACCAGUGAACUUGGACUCUUCAGCACCAGACCUCACUCUGAAACUUUGAGGCUUUGCCUUUUGAAAAACAUGUUUCUGUGCCAACAAUUGCGUGAUCUAUCUGUUGGUAGAGUAAUAGACUUUUAGUUUCACUAAUUAGAAUUUAAAUCCUGACUGGUUCAAAUAUAAAAAAAACAAGUUUAUGUACAGCGAGACGUGCACAAACUAUGCUUAGCCAGCUAGUUUUUAUUCCUCUUUUCUUUAUCAUUGUAUGCUUGCCAGUGUAUCAGAGCUUCUCGAGGAUUAUUUUGGAGCUCCUGUGCUUAUUGUCGUUUUCUGAAGUUUCUA